AUGGUUGAGUGUCGGAGGAAAUUCGGGCAAUUGAUAUUACCCAUUUUCUUUGAUGUCAAAACUUCCGAUGUGCGACACCAGACUGGAAGUUACAAAGAGGCCUUCCAGAAACAUGAGGAGAAAUAUGGUAGUGCUACUCAGGAGGGAUGGAAGAAAGCCUUGACGGAGGUUGGACAAUUGAAGGGACCCAAGGCCAGAAGGAGAAGUGAUAAGGAGGUUGUUUCAAAGGAAUGGAGAGAGCUGAAAAAGAAUUACUCAUUGGUUGUAAAAGAAUGCUUAGUUGGAAUUGAUGAUCAUGAAGAACAAAUGACGAAAUUGUGUGUUAAUUCCAAUGAUGUAAGGAUUGUGGGAAUCCAUGGCAUGGGAGGAAUCGGCAAAACCACUGUAGCCAAGGUCAUUUACAACAAACUCUCCCGACAAUUUCAAUCCCGUUGCUUCCUUGAAGAUGUUAGAAAAACAGCACAACAACCCAAUGGUCUUGUUCAUUUGCAAAACCAACUUAUACCUAGCUUCUUAAAACAGGGACGUCCUAUCUUAAUCGAGUCUAUGGAUGAAGGAAUUUUUGCAAUCAAAAGUAGAUUUUCUGGAAAGAAAGUUCUUGUUGUUGAUGAUGUCGAUCACAGAAAUCAUCUUCAUGCAUUUGCACUUUUGGGAAAGUGUGAUUGGUUUGGUUCAGGAAGUAGGAUAAUUAUCACAACUAGAAACCAAGAGAUUCUAAAACUGGUUGAGGUUAAUUCGACUUAUAACCCAAAGGAACUGGAUUCUGAUCAAUCUCUUCAACUUUUCAGCAGGAAUGCUUUUAGAAGAGACUAUCCCCCAGAAGACUAUGAUACUCUAUCUAGAGAUGUUGUGUCCACUACUGGAGGGUUGCCUUUGGCUCUUGAGCUUAUUGGUUCUUCUUUGUCUGGCAAGGGAAAAGAGGCAUGGGAAGGUACAUUAAAGAAGUUGAAAAGAAUUCCAAAUGUUUGCAGCAGAAGCUGA